CAUGUUCAAGACAGAGGCAGGGAUAUCAGCUUUCUGAUCCUCAUAAACAAGCUGCUAUAUAGUUAGCAUUUUUGUGGUUAUGACAGAGCACUAUCUGCUCCUUAAAUUGAGACAACAAUGAAAUACAUUUGCAGCUGCAUUGCUUGGAACAACUGAUUUACAGAGGCGAAGGCCGCAUCUGGCUUACCAUAGAGGGGAAUUUUGCUGCCAGCAUUCAGCAAACCACGGAGGAGGAUCACCAGUGUUAGAAGUACUAGUGAGAUAAGAUGGAUGUAUGUUCUGAGUGCCAGUGUGGUUUUGCCUUUAAGCAAAAUCAUGACUUGAGGAGCCUUCUUUUUUCAGUAUUGCUCAUAUCUUGCCAGAUCCCACCAGCUAAUACCAAGAUCUAUCCUGUCAAGGAUAUGAUGACAGUAGAGCAAGGAGAUGAAGCCAUUCUGUCUUUUAUCGCUGACGGAAAUGUUAUGGAAAUCAGCUGGUACCGGGAGCAAAGUAUUCCUAGCAACCUAAUUCUAAAGAUGUCUUCUAACAUACCUGUUCAAAAAGGCCCCAAAUAUACAAAGAAGGAAAGCAUUCUCCCAGAUUAUUCUUUGCGGAUAAUGAAUGCAAGCAUCAAUGACAGUGGGUUAUACACUGUGCACAUAAUGACAUCACACCUGUUCUAUACAUUAGGUGAAUUAGUGGAAGAAUCCACUACUUUGAGAGUGGAGGUUUACAACAGAUCUCUCUUUCCCUUUGGAACAACUAUCACCUGUAUAAUUUUUAUCAUUCCAAGCAUUAUGUUGCUUAUUUUGUUCAUGACUGGGCUCUUCCUUUACUGGAGAAGACGACAAAGACAGACAGCAACAUUUGAUGGGGUCACUGUCGUGGAUUGCAUAUAUGAUCCACACACAUGCUACGAAAACGCUGAACAUGAAAUGAAAAAAGAGGAUCAGCCACUAAAUACUUCUUGUCGAACUGCCACAUACAUGAAAAUCCAUGUGCCAGAACAAUCACUGUACAUGCAUCUUGAAAGGCAAGGAGCUUCUAUAGAAAAUAAAGAGCAAUUCAUUGCCCGAUUGGAGAACAUCUGGCUUCAAAUUCAAAGAAACAAUACAGACUAGACUCAAUUCUCACCAACAGGCAAAUAUCCACAUGCUUGAUACUGAAUUCUUAUAUUCACACGCCAACAAUAUCAUGGAUUUUGUAGAAAGGAAAUGUUGCAUGGCAAUUGUUUUAUCAUGGUCUACAUUGAAGUUAGCAACUUAAAGGACAACAGCCAUUUUUUUUCAAAUGCAUGGAUAAUGAAAUAUACAGGAAGCUAUUGUGCAUACAGCCUCCUGGUUAAGAAACUGAUUGACAGACAACUCAUGCCUUUUGAUCUUUUCAACAAAUUACAUUUUUCUAGCGAUGUUAACAAUGAAUAAACAUAUAAACAUUUUAACAAUGCUUGAGUGUUUUACUAAUGCAAGUUAAAGAGUUUGGCUGUAUUUUUAAACUGACUUGGAGCCACAAAGGUGUGGUAAGGAAGCAACUAUGGAAGCAAACCCAAGGCCUACAGCAUAGCAGUAAGAUGAUUAACUGUUAGUGUAUGAUGUGCUGUAUUUUCCUGCUAAUGAGGGCAUAGCUACAGUUCUAUCCAUCUAUGGAGAAAACAAGAAAACGUAUACUUAAUAUAAGAUACUCGUUAUAUGACCUGAGGUAGCCUCAGCAUUCUUUUGUGUGUUUCUCCUGCAAGGCUGUAACUAUAGCCACACACAUACAAAUAUGGUACAUGAUGCAUUGCUAAAACACACAUUACCUGAACACAAUCCCACCAGAAAAAAAAAAAUCGAAAAAAAAAAAUCACUAAAAACAACAGAAAACAUAAAAACAAUUUUACAAGGGGUCAAGGCCCCACUGCACUCCCCCUGUGUGGGACUUAUUCCCCCACAACUUCACUAACUUAAAAAUACCAACUUUAAGACCACACAAUACUGAAGAAAAGGGGAAAAAUCUCUGGUACUCCGUGAUCUCACAAAAAAUACCAGUUUCUUGCUCAUUCUUUUUAAAAUGCAUUCUGUUUUAUGAGUUUAUCCAUGACAGAAUGGAUUCAGUUAGAAUGAUAUUUCGCCACAAGAUUCUGUCACUGAUAAAUAGCAAUCCAUUGACUAGCUAGAGAAUCUCUAGCUUCAGAUGCUGAAAUACAAUUCUAAACAGACUCACUUCUCACCAUCAGGCAAACGUGUGUUAUAGACCGUUUAUCCAUUAUUUUAUGCUAUGCUUGAAGAGUGUUGAUAUUUUGCUAACAAUUGUUUUAUCUUGUCUGUAAUGUUUUUUAGCAUGUGUUUAAAUACGGGGAAUAUUUUCAUUCAAAAUUAUUGCGAACUAAUAUUAAAUGUAUGUUAAAAAAUAGGCUGGUGUAAUCCACCAUCUAGUUUUCUUCUCUACACCUCAUUAGAUGUUUUGAUUUUGAUUAUUAAUUUUCUUACUGAUGUUUUAAAUCUAUUGGAAGAAUGUUUACUUGACGUUUGUAUAAAUCCAUGUACUUUGUUCUUUUUGUCAUCUUGUUCUGAAGAAGUUCGUAAUUAAACGGAUGAAAGUGCUAAACUUA